UGUUACUAUUGAUACAGUUGUGAAUUCCUGUCCAUCCUGACUAAUUAAUUGUUCGUCAUUGUGGGUUGUUUCGAAUUGAAUCACUCGUCAGAGUAUGCCACACAAACACGGUUUCGGUUAGUAUCAAUUUUACCGGUCAAAGCAGUUCCACACACUUUACAGACAACGAAUUGACCAUGGGAGAAUGUUACAGACUAACGUUGAGCAACUUAUGCAAGUUAAUGGAAUGCAGUGGUCAAGAAGGCGUCGCCGAAAUAAACAAGCUAGGUGGCGUGGAAGGAAUCUGUGAACAAUUGGGUACAUCUCCGAGUCAAGGAAUAACAAACUCAAUAAAAAAUCAACGAGCCACAUUCGGUAGUAAUUCUACAUCGACGAAAGCUAGAGAAACGCUUUGGACAAUACUGGGUGAUGUCUUCCGCGAUAAACUUCUCAUGACGUUGCUGACGCUGUUUUUGAUUCUGCCCUUGAUUCUAUUUGAAAUUCACAAAUUGCUAUAUGUAGUGGUGGUACUUUUCGUGACUGUAGCGUUUGAUUAUUUCAUGGUGUGUAAGUACCGACGCUAUUUCGAUGUUAGAAGUCAGACGAAGCAGACAGUGACUGUAAUUCGGAAUGCGACUGUAACGAGCAUAGUCAUUGAUGAUGUUGUUGUGGGCGAUGUGUGCAUUCUAAAUGAGAAUAAUGUCGUGCCAGCUGAUGGUAUUCUAAUUGAAAGUGACGGUCUCAAGUUGAACGAAUCGUUUAUAAAUGGCAUGUCGUGUUAUACGAAUAAAGGUAAACAUCUCGACGCAAUGAUACUCUGUGGCAGUGAAGUAAUUGCCGGCAGUGGAAUUAUGGUGGUGACGGCUGUGGGAGCGAACACGCGUAAGGGACAGAUUACUAGGAUGAUGGAAAAACGAGCAACGAAUGGGAAAAGAAAAGAAAUUGAUAGAAGAGAAAGUGAGCGAAUCACGUUCAGCGACGAAUCAAGUAUUCUACGACAGAAGAUUCGAAAAUUAAUUUGGAAAAUUAUUUACGUUUGCUUGGCCAUUAGUGGAAUUGUUUUCGUUAUUUUCAUGGUAUGGCAUUCAGUAGCAAGAUUUGUUAUUGAAUCGAGAUCUUGGUCAAACUAUUAUUUGCAAUUCACAAUAUGGGGACUGGUCGUUUCCAUCAGUUUCUCUUUAUCUGGAAUACCAGAGAGUAUCCUUUUAGUAGUUCCGACUACGUUGUUCCUAACGUUUGUAAAGCUUUACCAGGAGAACAUUCAUUUACGUCGUCUAGACAAAUGUGAAACGAUGGGAAGUGUUUCGUCGAUUUGCUUCGAUAAAACGGGAACGUUGACCGCGAAUAAAAUGGAAGUUGUACUCUCUCACAUAUGCGAUCAUCAGCAAACAUGGACCACUGAAAAUAGCCAACAACCUCUUCCGAGUGACAUCUUAAAGUUGAUAGCAGAAAACAUUUCCAUAAACUCAUCCACUCCAUCAAUCACGCGCAUCAAUACCGAUGGUAACGUGGCACUAUUUGGAAAUUCCACUGAACGUGCUCUAUUGGAGUUUGUUCCCAAAGUCGGUCUAAACGUCCAAACGAUCCGAGAUGCGGUAUCUACCCAGCGAGUCUUCCAUGUCUAUCCCUUUAGUUCAAAUCGAAAAUUCAUGGGCACUGCAAUAAGCAGUGGAAACGGUUAUCGACUCUUUAUCAAGGGAGCGUCUGACGUUGUGCUUGGCAAAUGUAAUUUUUUGGUCGGUCAAAACGGCGAAAUGGAACAAAUGACGGAUAACUUGCGCGACCAUCUCCAAAAUGAAGCUGUAAAACAAAUAGCCCGUAAACGUUUAAGAACAAUCACCUUAGCAUACCGUGACUUUGUUACAGAUAAAACUGAUGGUGUCCACGAACCUUAUGUAGACUGUGAACCAAAUUGGGACGACGAAGUGAAUGUUGUGCAAAAUUUAACAUUUCUGGGCGUACUUGGUAUUGAUGAUCCGAUAAGACCCGAAGCUGCUGACACAAUCAAGAGUCUUAAAUCAAUGGGAAUCACGGUUCGGAUGAUUAGUGGUGAUGACAUCGAAACUGCAAACGCGGUCGCGAUAAAGUGUGGAAUAUCGGAAACAGAUGGAGAUAACGGAGCCUUGGAUGCAACAGAGUUUAAUCGUUGCAUUCGUGACAAGGAUGGUGUCAUUCAGCAAGAUUUGUUUAACACUCUCUGCCCUAAUUUGCGUGUGAUUGCCAGAGCUUCACCUGUCGAUAAGUACAACCUGAUCGAUGGCCUUAAACGGAAUGGUGAAAUUGUGGCCAUGGUGGGUAACAGUGAUGGAGAUGCUUUGGCAUUGAAAAAGGCAGACAUUGGAAUUACGCUCAACCAGUUGGGUGGCGGCGUGGCAAAGGAUGCAUCCACUGUCGUGUUAAGCGACGAUAAAUUAGAUGGAAUUGUACGGGCCGUGCUGUGGGGUCGCAAUUGCUAUGAUUCAAUUGCUAAAUUUGUGCAAUUUGCUUUGAGUGCCAAAGUGGUAAUUGUUGUGGUUGAAAUUCUUAGUACAUUCUUGCUUCCCUGCGAAGCCAUAACGUUUUUUGGGAUUGAUUGGUUUCUGGCUAUUAUGGCACUGGUGUCGGCAUUUUUUACACACAAAAUUACGAACGAUUUGUCACUGAAACGAUCUUACGGACGAAGUGAAUCGAUAAUUUCGAAGACAAUGUGGAAAAACGUUUGCAUUCAGUCAAUUUAUCAACUUCUUGUAUUGAUUUCACUUCCAUUUGUUUUUAAGCUAGUUUUUGAUGAAUACUGGUACUUUCCGAAUGUUUUCAUUUUGAUGACGUUCUUUAAUGCAUUCAAUUCAAGAAAACUUUUUGGGGAACGUAACAUCUUUGAUGGAAUGCGUGCAACUAUUCCUCUGUGUGUCAUUUUGGUUGGUGUUUUAUUUGUAGUACUUUUACACCCUCAAUGUGUGUACAUUUUGCCUACAUGUUCUGAUUACUAUUGCGCCCGCUUUCAAUCACGUGAUUGGAUUUUCACAACGUUGCUUGGCUUUGGUAUUCUAAUCUGGCAUCAAUUACUAUUGUUCUGCUGUAGAGAAAAACGCGUUGAACAGAAUAUUUCGGAGGUAUAAGGAAUGUGUGCAGUUGUCGGCGUCAACGAAUUGUCGUAAUAGCUUUUUAUGGAAAGUUGAUAUAAUUUCUUAAUACGAGUGGAGAAAAGUACCAAGUCACAAAAAUGUAUACAAUCUAAUUCUAUUCUAUUCUUCUCCCGCUGCAAUCCAUUAUAGCAAUUCAUGUAAAUCAAUAUUUUCAAUGCAUUAAACUUAU